AGGCAGCAUGGAUCUCAGCGAGCUGGAGAGAGACAAUACGGGCCGCUGUCGCCUGAACUCACCUGUGCCCGCUGUGUGCCGCAAGGAGCCCUGCGUACUGGGCAUCGAUGAAGCGGGCCGGGGCCCUGUGCUGGGGCCCAUGGUCUAUGCCAUCUGCUAUUGCCCCCUGACCCGCCUGGCAGAUCUGGAAGCCCUGAAAGUGGCAGACUCAAAGACCCUGUCGGAGAGCGAGCGGUUCAGGCUCUUUGCGAAAAUGGAGGAGGACGGGGACUUUGUGGGCUGGGCACUGGAUGUGCUGUCUCCAAACCUCAUCUCUACCAGCAUGCUUGGGCGGGUCAAAUACAACCUGAACUCCCUGUCCCAUGAUACAGCCACUGGGCUGGUGCGGUAUGCGUUAGACCAGGGUGUGAAAGUGGCCCAGGUGUUUGUGGACACUGUCGGGCCUCCAGAGACGUAUCAGAAGUGGCUUCAGCAGCGCUUUCCUGGCAUUGAGGUGACAGUCAAGGCCAAAGCAGACGCCCUCUUCCCUGUGGUCAGCGCUGCCAGUAUCUGUGCCAAGGUGGCCCGUGACCAGGCUGUGAAGAACUGGCAGUUUGUGGAAAAACUGCGGGACCUGGAUGCUGAUUAUGGCUCAGGCUACCCCAAUGAUCCCAAGACAAAAGCAUGGUUGAGGAAGCACGUGGACCCUGUGUUCGGCUUCCCCCAGUUUGUCCGGUUCAGUUGGCGCACAGCCCAGAGCAUCCUGGAGACAGAGGCAGAAGAUGUUACAUGGGAGGACUCGCAGACAGGGGAUCAGGAGGGACUCGGGAGGAUCAAGUCCUACUUCAGUGAAAGCCCCCGAACCCGCCCCCACCUCCCCCAUCGCUACUUCCAGGAACGCGGCCUGGAGUCAGCCACCACUCUCUAGGUUGCCAGUCUGUACCCCAUUUACCCCCCCCCCCCCCACCGUUUGAUUAAAAUUGUUGAAGGAAACCUAAGUGUGGGAGUUCUCCUUGGGGACCAGAUGUAGGGGUGGGAAUAUGCUCCGUCUGCAUCUGGACCCAGUUGCUGACUUCUGGAACAUAAAGGAUGGGCACUGGUUGAUUGAUGUGACUUGCUUUUUAAAGUGUGCAACAUAUUUGUAUGAUGCAGAAUUAGAAAGGAGUACGUUGAGAAGCUUCCCUCCCAUCCUACUCUCAGCACAGUGGUAGGCUUCCUGGGAUGUCUGUCCUUUUGGGGCUGCUGUACCAAAAUACCACAGCCUGGCAGUUUGUAAACAACAGCUAGUUACUGCUCAGUUUGGAGGCUGGAAGUCCAAGAUCAGGUUAUGAACAUGAUUGGGGUUUGGUGAGGGUUCUCCUCCAGGUCUCAGACUGCCGACUUGCUGUGUCCUCACAUGGUGGAAGGGGUGGGGAAUCUCUGUGGGGUCCCUAAUCCCACUCGUGAGAGCCCCACACUCAUGACCUAAUCACCUCCUUCAGGCCCCACUCGAAACACCAUCUUCUAUGGGGGUAGGAUUUCAACAUAAGAAUUUGGAUGGGGACACAAAUACUCAGACCAUAGCAGGUACCUUCUAGGUCUUUCUGGAGUUAUUCUGGCAUGUUACAAAUAUAUGUAUGGAUACAUCUUAACUGAAGGGUUCUUUUUUUACACAAAUGGAAAUAGUAUCUGUUAGAUUGUGCACAUCACUCUUUUCACUGGGUGUAUUUUGGAGAUAAUUCCAAAUAGGUGUCUAAAAACCUUCCUCGUUCCCAUGACAGCUACAGAUUCCUCCAUGGCAUGACUGUCCUAUAGUUUAUUUAAUACCUCUUAAUAGAUAUUGAGUUGUCCCCCAGCUUGCUGUUAAACGUGUACAGCAGGGAGUGACAGGUUUGCCAUCAUUUUUCACACUUUAAUCUGUAGGAUAAAUUCCCAGAGGUAGGAUUGCUGGAUUAGAAGGUCUAUGUGGUUUGUUAUUUGGGGAUAGAUUUCCAAAUUCCCCUCUGUGGAGACUUACACUCAGUGGCACUCCCACCAGCAAUGUAAGUGAGCACUUGUUUCCUUCACAGUCUUGCCGGCACCGGGACAGGUUUAUCUCACUCCAUGAGAGGUAUGGAAGUCAAGUGGCUCAACAACAUCAAAGACAUCAUUUUUUAAAUCCAUCUUCUAUUUUGCCAGUUAAAGUUUUUUUGUUUUUGUUUUUGUUUUUUGCCUCUCAUAGUCCCAAGAUGGCUGCCACAGCCCCAGACAUCACAUCCCAACCUCCAAAGGCCUCAUCUCCAGGCAGCCACUCUGUCUCUUCCUGGCUGAAAGUAGGACACAUCUACAUCUGAAGGAAUCCCUGGCAAGGGGAAUGGAAUACCUUGCGUAAAGAGCCAAAAAUAGGUACCUGGGAGGGAGGGAGAGACUCCCAUCCCCAUCCCUUGACUCCACCCCCAACUACCUUGACUUGAACGGAGGGAUUUUACUGGAAAGGAAGAGGGAAUGUCUUUUGGUUUUUUAAAUAAAUGCUCUGAUGGCAGAA